AUGCCACGUCCACGUAUGGAACUAGAGCGAGAACUAGAACGAGAAGUUGACGGGCUACGAACCACCUUCAAAGAUGUAUGCGACAGAGUAACACGAAACGAAGAAGUCAUAUCCAAAGUUUGGUACGCUGGGGACAUUCAAAAACUUUAUAGCAAAUGUUCCAAGUUAAGUCACAUAGAUCCUCAAGACCAAGACGAAGCGACCCGACGCUGGUUCCUUGAUUGCUAUGAGCAGCUAGAAGAAAUCACUAUAAGAUGCGCCGAGUACAAGGCGGCGUAUGCGCAAUGUGUCUAUGCGCUGUUGAGAAUCAUACGUAAAUGUAGAAAUGGUGGGUAUUCAAGGCGGGAAAUAUACAAGAUGCAGGAGGAAAGACUUGUGGGAUUUAAGAAAGAUACUAAGGCGAAGAUUCGCGCUAUAAAAUCAACUAUUAUAGAAGCGCAGCAGAAGCUCCAGGAAAUCAGGCCGUGGAUCAUACCACAGUGCUAG